UCAACCUAUUCCUACUCUAAAUUCCUUUAUGGUAUCAGAGCCUCUAGAGGCCUAAUCGGCCUAUUCUCUUCACCGAUCUGUUCAACCAGCAUCACCUUCCUCUAUCACCUUCCUCUGCCCAUGGCUAAUGGAGACAAAAGUCCAGAAGACGUUCAUGAUAACUCAACCUCAUCUCACUCAGCCAACACUCCCCUAACCCCAGAUGGCCUGAUUAUGCUCAGCCCUAGCCAAUUCCCAGAAAAACUAGAUGGAUCAAAUUACCUUGUGUGGAGAGACCAAGUAAUGGACCUUCUGUUUGGUUCUCAUCUGGACCAGUAUAUUGAUGAAAAAGUCAGUCCUCCUCCAGAAAGUGAAGCUACCAACCAUCUCCGAUGGAAGAGACAGGACCGUCUGGUGCGGCACGCCCUUGUCUAUUCUCUCAGUUCCGCUUGCAAACCGCUGAUUGGGUCAGCAACGACCUCCGCCUCCGUCUGGAAGACACUGGAGCGCCUGUAUGGGACCCGGUCAGCUUCCAAAAUUCGAAGCCUGAAAGACCAGUUCCGCCAUGCUAAACAAGGCUCGCAACCUGUAGCAGAAUAUCUUCACCACCUUCGCACCCUCACGAAUGAACUGGCCAAGGCUGGACGACCAGUUGACGACGAGGACUUUGCCAUUCAAGCCUUGGAAGGUCUUCGUCCUGAAUUUGAAGCUAUGGAGAAUUCCAUUCGUCCGGAUGAGGUUACAUUUGAAGAUCUGCACUCACUACUUGUCGGAUUCGAAGACAAGAUGCGCAGGAAAGAGAUCCUGAAUCCCACCACCGUAGUAACCGCAAACGCAGCUACUGUCGAAGAGAAGAACGAAGGCAGCGAUUCCGCAGCGAUGAUGGUUCGCAGGAGUUCAGAUCAGCGUGCCUCUAUUUUAGGCCCUGGUCCAUUGACCCAAGUUCAGAAUCUGCCCAACAGGCCCAAUACUCAGACUCAAAAUUUUGGCAGAAAUCAGAAUAGAGGUCCACGACCAAAUAAUUUCUACAAUUCCAAUCGUCGUGGAAACAGUAAUCCCGGGGGCAUCAAUAAUCACAUGGGCGGGCGUACCAAUUCUGGAUUUAAUAACAGGUCAAGUUCGGUGAUUAUAUGCCAAAUCUGUGGCAAACCGAACCAUCUGGCUAUUAAUUGUUGGCACAGGUUUGAACAACAAAGUUACCCUCCCCAAGCCAAUACUGUUACAACCAGGAAGAAUGGAUGGUUACUCGACUCGGGGGCAACUAAUCAUGUGACAAAUAAUUUAAAUAACCUCACCUUGGCGUCCGAUUAUACCGGCACAGACUCCCUAAUUAUUGGUAACGGACCGGAAAACAGGAGCAAUUUUGUUACGGGGUAUGAAUAACGGUGACGUCUACAGCUUGCCUGAUGUUCCAGUUCCUGCUUCUCCUAGUGUAAACAUUACUACAAAAUUUUCUCUAAAUAAAUGGCAUUGUCGUUUAGGACAUCCUGCCCUUCCCAUCACUCAAAAAAUUAUUUCCUCAUUAGGUAUUGAUUUUAAAGAUGUUAGUAAGGAUCUAUCUCUUUGCACUUCGUGUGCGAGUAAUAAAAGCCACCGAUUACCUUUUGCUAAAUCUUCUCUUUCUAGUUCUGGUCCUCUUGACUUAAUUUAUACCGAUGUUUGGGGUCCUUCUCGUAUUAGUUCUGUAGAUGGUUUUCGUUACUAUGUUAUUUUUGUUGACCACUACACAAAAUACAUUUGGUUUUACACUCUCACCCACAAAUCCGAAGUAACCCCAAUUUUUCAACAAUUUAAAAAAAUUGUAGAAAACUUUUUUCAAAAAUCCAUUAAAACGGUUUACUCCGAUGGAGGAGGAGAAUAUAUUUCACUAGGGAAAUUCCUGGCGUCUUGUGGCAUUUCUCACUUAAUUACUCCUCCAUAUACCCCUGAACAUAACGGCUUUGCUGAACGCCGACAUAGGCAUAUUGUAGAAACAGGGAUUACUUUACUUCACCAUGCCUCUAUGCCACUCAAAUAUUGGUCACACGCCUUUUUAACUGCUGUUUAUCUAAUCAAUAGGCAACCAAACACUUCUCUAGAUUUUUGUACACCCUAUGAAAAACUUUUUCAAAAACCUCCCAACUACACAAAACUUGCUAUUUUCGGGUGUCAAUGUUUUCCUUGGCUCCGUCCCUACAUGACCCAUAAGUUAGAACCACGGUCCCGACCUUGUAUUUUCCUUGGCUAUUGCGAACAGCAAAGUGCUUAUCGCUGCCUUGAUCCUACUUCCAAUAAGAUCUUUAUUAGUCGGCAUGUGGUGUUCAAUGAGUCUGUCUUUCCCUUUUCUAACAAUCUAACAACUGUUACAAAUCUGUCCUCUGAAAUUGAUAAUUGGCUCCAACCACCUAUUUCUUAUCUCCCUAUUUCAGGUGCAUCAUUAGCUAAGACGUCUCCUGUUACUCAUACCUCGGCGCAACAAGACUCCCCUAAUAUAUCUAACCCUACCUCACUUCCACCUCCUACCAAUCCCAUUGCCUCUCACCCACCGGUUCUUGUCACUUACCACCGCCGGCCCAAACAAAAACUAACUACCCCAUCCUUACCCAUUACGCCCAACACCGCCACCUCAACCUCAAUAGAUAUUCCCACUCCCAAUACUUCCACACCGACCUUGGAUCACCAUCAUGAUCCACACUCUUCUCCACCCAAACGCAUCCACCCAAUGACCCUUCGUCCUCGUAAGCAAGCUAAUGUUGUUACCCACUCAUCGUUACCUCAUCAUAUUAUUCCUACUUGUGUUUCUCAAGCUUUACAGGUACCUGAAUGGAAGGAGGCUAUGUCUGUGGAAUUUGACGCCUUGGUGAAACAAGGGACUUGGGAACUUGUACCUGCUCAACCUGGCCAAAAUGUUGUUGGUUGCAAAUGGGUCUAUACCGUGAAAUAUAAGUCCGAUGGAUCCUUGGAUCGUUUCAAAGCUCGACUGGUGGCUAAGGG